AUGGCCCCAUACAUCGACCUGCAAGACUCUCCCCCUUCGGCAGACGCCGUUUCACACACUCAGUCUACGAAGGAUACCAACUUUGCAUCCCAAUACUGGGAAGAGCUCUUCCGCAGUGUUGGAUCACAACCGCGGCUCGCGUGCCUGCCUCUCGAUCACCAAUGGCCUCGUGCGGAAACCACAGUAAGAGCCCCCAAUAGUCUGUUUGACGCAGCGACGAGCUUUGGCCGUACACACAAUACUAGCCUAGAGGACCUCAUAUACGCCGUAUGGGCUAUCGUGUGUGCGAGGCAAACAGUUAGCGGCCAAUGCACAGCCGUGUUUACCGUUGCUGGCCGCAGUCGAUCAACCGGGAAACAUGUCUCCACGGGAAAUGGAGAAGAUAAACACGACUACCCCCUGGUUCUGUCCGUGCCUGACGACGUGGACGUUCUCUCGUGGAUUCGUCAUGUGGGCACCGCUGCGGCCACAGCGUCUGCCCAUUCACACAUUGGAUACGAGCGGAUCAUGGAGACAGCCUCGGCAAUGCGCCCCCAAGUGAAAUUGUCUGUCACUUUCGAGGAUGACAGCCGGGACACGAUGGCUCCAGACGAUGACUUUCCUUUGGUAUUCAACAUUUGCGCAUCAGCGGGCCUGCAACUCCGUAUGCGGCACAACGCUAGCGUCCCAAGGGUGGAUGUUCGAACUCUACUGGAUCGCUUUGAAGUAACACUACAGCGUGUAACAGAGAACCAUGACGCCAAAGUGUCAUCUGUCGAUAUUAUGCCCCCAGUCGAAAGGCAGUUACUGCUCGACUACGGCAAAGCCGCUCUCAAGCCGAAGAGCGGUUUGGUACAUUGCCUGGUCGAGGAACAAGCGAAAGUGAGGCCGGAUGCAGCUGCAGUACAGUUUGAAACAGAACCCGCCCUCACGUACUCUGCCUUGAAUAAACGCUCAAACCAGCUGGCCCGCCAGCUCCGCCAACAUGGCGCCCAAUAUAUUGCCGUGCACCUCCGCAUGUCGACGGACUUCAUCGUAGCACUUUUGGCUAUUUUGAAAUCUGGAGCAGCAUACGUGAUCUUGGAUCCCGACGCUCCCGCUGCCCGGAAAUCAUUCAUCCUCGAGGAUCUCCAGCCGGGUCUGGUCCUGGUCGAUCCCAGUACCGCAGGUGAGCUGGAUAAGGAGGUCCAGAUUGGGGAGCUGCUGUCUCAGUCCUUCAGCCAUGAUGACGGUGAUCUCAUAAAUGUCCAGGACCCAAACAGCGUUGCAUACGUGAUCUACACGUCGGGGUCUACGGGCAAACCAAAAUCGGUACUGCUCGAGCACCGAGCCGCCUUUAACGGCCUGUUGGCCUUUCCGCCAGUUGCAGGCCUUCGCCAGUUGCUCUUUUUCAACCCAGCCUUUUCGGCCGCACAGAGAUCUAUUUGGGCUACUCUCACUGUCGGUGGUUGCCUGUGUCUUGCCAGCAAGGAAAACCUUACGGUCCAUACGGCGAAGAUGAUCAAUACCAUGGAUGUCAAUUCGGUCGAUAUGACCUCGAGUGCGGCCGCGCUGAUAUCGCCGGAUGAUGUACCGUCGCUUCGGCGCAUGGUGCUGGGAGGCGACAUGGUCAAUCCCACUGUAAUUCAGACAUGGGAACACCGAGUCGAACUGCUCUCGUCCUACGGCCUCAGCGAAUGCACACAGCUCAACUGGCGUCAUCGCUUGCAGUCCAAUGUGAGCGCCCGCAUGAUCGGUCAACCAUAUGACACGACGACCUCCUAUGUCCUUAUUCCCGGCACCACGGAGCUUUCGCCUCUACUAGUUCCCGGCGAGCUGUGCCUCGGCGGUGCUCAAAUUGCCAGAGGAUAUUUGCACCGCCCUGAAGAGACCACGAAGCGGUUCGUCCAGAACCCAUUUGGGAAAGGCAGACUAUACCGAACGGGCGAUAUGGCUGUCCGCCACGCUGACGGGUCGGUCGAGCUGAUCGGGCGGAUCGAUUUCCAGGUCAAGAUCAAUGGGCACCGGGUCGAUCCUGGCGAGCCCAAUUCGAUUAUUCAAGCCAUUGAGGAAGUCGAAGACUCUGCCGUGGUUCCGGCUUCCGUGAACAACAGGACGGUCCUUGUCGCUGCCGUCGUCAGUCGUUCCGACACCGACUGGGGGGCUCUUGUCGGCAAGCUUCGGCCAUUCUUGGCUGCCAGGCUGCCACUCUACAUGGUUCCACAAUUCUGGGUAUCCAUGCCCGACUUGCCUGUGAACGCAAACGGAAAGGUUGACAUGGUGGCAAUCCGCAAAACGGUGGAGGGACUAGGCGAGUCAGGCCAGCUGCUUCCCGAACGGUGUCACAUGCGAGUAAAGGAAGAAGGCAACUUGACUGACAACGAGAUGGUGGUCCGGAGCCUGUGGGCCAAGAUCCUGUCCCUCCCGGAGUCGGAGAUCUCCCUUGGAGAUUCAUUCAUCUCACUGGGCGGUACAUCGCUUGAAGCUAUUCAGGUCGUAUCACAACUUCAGUUAGUUCACGGGCUCAGCCUCCGGGUCGAGGAUAUACUUCUUGGUGACUCGCUGUCUGGAGUUGCACGCGCCGUGCAACCACAGCUUGCAGAGGAGAAAGCCGAUAAUGACACCACAUCUUCUGCGUCAUUCCAAGUGAGCCCUUCCAUUGAAAACUUCGGUAUCGGGAUUUCGGACAUAGAAGACGCCUUUCCUGUGACACCUUUUCAAGAAGCGGCCAUUGCAAACACAAUGAUGGGCGGUACAAGCUACAUCUACAGUCGCUCCUACAGCUUCGAGGGCUACCGCCAGGAUGAUAUCAAGGCCGCCUUUGAGACGCUGAUGAAGUCUGACAGAUGUCUGCGCGCGACAUUUGUGCCCAACGGAACCACCUUUCUCCAGGUGGUGAGGAAAACUGCAGACAUCCCUUGGGUGGCGUCGGACAUAGACGUGACCGAGUACAUGCAGCAACAGAUGACAAAAGCGAUGUAUCCCGGGGAGCUAUGGUGGAAUGCGGCCGCCUUGCCUAACAACGUCCUUGUCAUCACAGCUCAUCACGCGCUUUUCGAUUUCUGGUCCAACGAGUUUCUGAUACAGGAUCUCACCUCGGUGCUGCAGGGGACACCCCGGAUCGAGCGAGGAGGGUUCCGUCGCUACAUCGAGUAUCUCCGACAACAUGACGCCGUCGCUAUGCAAAGGUUCUGGCAAGGGUAUCUUGAUGGUGCUGUGCCUAGCCGCCUUGGUUCCCAGGCUGCCCCCGAAAACACGGUUACUGCUGAGGUGCACUGUGACCUGAAGACCACCGCAUUGAAGCGCAGGGUCACACCAGGUGUUCUUCUGUACGCCGCAUGGGCUGUUGUUCUUGGCCUUGCCAACUCGACCGAAGAUGUGGUCAUGGGCGUGACGAUUUCUGGGCGAGAUGCUCCCGUUGCAGGUAUCCUUCAAAUGAGUGGCCCUACUCUCAUGGUCGCUCCGCUGAGGGUCAAGGUCAACAGGACUACACCAUUGGACGAGCUGGUUGAAAAUGUCCAGUCCAACCUCUGGGCCGUUGCCAAAAAUGCGCCGUAUGGGCUGCGGAGGAUUCUCCAGGCAAGUGGCCAGCCGAAAGACUUCUUUGACACCAUGGCAAACUUCUUGAUCAAGAUCCCCGCACCCACGCCUCCUGGAGGAUUAAGGCAGCUGCCCGAGAGCAAUCUUGGAACUGUCGAAUAUACCAAACUUGAACUUCGCAACGAGAGCUUGGACCGCGUGACUCUGACCUCAACAUUGGAGCCGGAGUAUGCCCAGACUCUUGCAGAUACCCUCGCGGCCGUUUUGGACACAGCCUUUGAUGCACCGCUGACCAAAAUUGGGGAGUUCACAUUGGUGCAACCGGUGCCCAGACUCAUGGAUAGGCUCGAUGAUCCAGUGGGCAAUGUGCCAGGCCAUUCCGAAGCGCAUACUAACAAAGUUAAGGAUCUGGCCAAGAUUCCAGAUGGUGAGCUAGCUCACUCUGCGUUGCAGAGAAUAGCCGCCUGCCAUCCGUCCAGGACGGCGGUCGAGGACAUCUCUGGGGCCCGGAUAACAUAUUCGGGAUUGGCUAUCAAAAUGAACCAGCUUGCAGGUUUGCUGAGAGAAAGGGGCCUGGUGCUGGAGCAGAUUGUCCCCAUCAUGCUUGAGAAGUCGAUCAACACCAUUGUCGCCAUGUUUGGCAUUCUCGUUGCUGGAGGUGCCUUUUUGCCCCUUGGCCCGGAAAACCCUCGCGAAAGAAACUUGGGGAUCCUCGAAGACUCGGGAGCCAAACUCGUCAUCACUGAUCAACUGAAUGCGGACUUCUUCAAGGGCACCCCCUAUGAAGUAGUCAUUCUCGAUGCCGUCUCGUGGGACACAAUUCCUCUCCAAAGGCAAAUUGUACCUGGGCUUAAUCCAAAUAGCCUUGCGUAUGUUAUAUACACCUCGGGCAGCACGGGCAAGCCAAAGGGGACACUGAUACCCCACAGCGCCAUCGUCGCGGCUGUGGAAGGCAUACUUUAUGCUACCACUAAAGACAACUCCCGCAGGAUAUUGUGGUCGCUGAACUACACUUUUGACGGCUCUUUCUAUCCUCUCUUUCCGACUCUCUCAACGGGCCGCACGCUGUGUGUCGCACCGCACAACAUCAUCGUCGGCAACCUCGCCGAAGUCAUCACCACGAUGAAGGUUGACCAAAUCAACCUAACACCGACCAUGGCCAGCCUUCUUCACCCGGACGACGUGCCGACUCUGGAGAUUUUGGCCACGGGAGGGGAGCCAGUCACUCACAACAUGCUAAAUGUCUGGGCGCCGCGCAUCAAAGUCUACACCUCCUAUGGCCCUACGGAGGCAACAAUCUGUGUUACGACCCGGGCCGUCACCCCAGACAUGAACAUUCGCAACGUCGGCAGCCCAUUCCCAAACACCACUGCACUGAUCCUUGACCCAGACACAACGGAGGAACAGCCCUCUGGCAGCGUUGGGGAGCUCUGCAUCGCGGGUCCGCAGCUGGCCAGAGGUUACUUGAAUCGCCCCGAGGCGACUAACAAGGCCUUCCAGGGUAAUUCCAAUCAAAGGUUCUAUCGUACUGGGGACCUUGCUCGAUUGCUGCCCAACGGGGAAAUUGAGCUCUUUGGACGCAAAGACGACCAGGUCAAAAUCAACGGGCACCGAAUGGAACUUGGUGAGAUCGAGAGCGUUAUCAGGCAGGCAAAUGUAUUCAGCCAGUGCGCCGUCAUUGCCGCAACGGUCCUCAAGAAAAAGCAGCUCGUCGCAUUCUGCUCUACGUCAGUCCAGACACCAGGCGAGAAAACAGAGGAAGAAAACCUGCUGCUGCCUCCAAGGCAGUCGACAGAGGUUGAUCAAGUUAAAGCGCAACUAACCACUCUACCGCAGUACAUGGUCCCUACAAUAUGGCUUCCUGUCUCCAAGCUCCCGAGUCUUACCUCGGGGAAAAUCGAUCGGAAGCGACUUACGGCUCUGGUUGAAGGCAUGGCUGACAGCGUACUGAAAGGCUACCUGCCCCAUUCCGAAAUGUCGGAGAUAGAGUCAGAAGCCGAGCAGGAAUUGCAGUCGCUAUGGUCUGCUCUGUUUGACACACCGAUCGAGGACAUCCACGCCAAUUCCACCUUUCAUGCUAUGGGUGGGGAUUCCAUCUCCGCAUUAAACCUGGGCAGUAUGCUUCGUCGGCGCGGAUACAAGAUACAGAUCAACGAUAUCCUGUCCAGCUCCACGUUGCGGGAACAGGCCGCGCUGAUGGUUAAGGACCAAGCAAAUGCUAACAGCACUGCUGCUGAACCUGUCCAGCAACUGGUGUUCCAGCCACCGGAAGCUGUGUACGAACGCCUCGUGGAAAUUGGUGUCUCCGUUAACGAUGUGGAGGACAUCUAUCCUUGUAGCCCUGGCCAGAUUGAAUUCUUCACGCAAGGAGAGAAGCAAGACCGGUUCUGGCAGCUGAUGGCCGUUCGCACGCUACCAGACGACUUGGACUUUGAUCGUUGGAUCUAUCUGACGACUCAGCUGACGAAGAAUAACCAGAUCCUGCGCGCGCUGUAUCUCCAGACCGACACUCAGAACCCGCAAACCCUGGUCCAGGUCGUGCUCAAGCACCCCGUUCUCAAUCUCGCCUAUCGAUCCUACCGCACGGAGGAGCAAAAGCAGAGCAUAUUGGAAGCCGAGUGGCAGACACCGUUUGAUCCGGCUAAGCCAUUCGUGCGGUACACGUUGCUCGAGAACUCGGAGGGCACACGCGACCUGGUCAUCAACUUGCACCAUUCCUCCUACGACGGGACUCUCCUUCACAUUUUUGACGACCAAUUCCAAGCCCUCAACCAGAACCAGCCCAUCCAGCGGCCGACCCCUUUCAAAGACUUUAUCACUCACUUCCUGGGCACGCCGAAGCAGCCCCAGCUCGACUACUGGACCCGGCUGCUUCAAAACCACUACUUCGACUUCCCAUCGACAGUCACCAACCCAAAGCUGUCUAGCACCGAGGUUGCAAAAAUUGACGCAUCCGUGGGUAUCAACGACCUGGCCAGCUCCACAGGGGUUACCGCCCCAAUCGUAUUCCAGACGGCCUACUCUCUCCUCCUGGCCCACCUCAGCGGCGCACAGGACGUGAUCUACGACAAUCUUGUGACGGGGCGCAACGUCGCCCUCGACAACCCGCAGCUCAUCAAUGGGAACUGCGCCAACUUCCUGCCGUACCAUUCGCAUGUUGCAGAAGAUAUGCCCAUCGAGACCCUGCUCCGAUCCACACAGGCUGACUUCUGGGCCUCGACUGAGAACGGCCUCGUGUCCCUCGGUGAGAUAUAUGAGGCUCUGGGCCGCGACCGGUCCACUGCAGCCGCCAAAUGUCUCUUCUGCUUCCAGCCAUUCGAGCCUGCCACCCCUCAGCAGGAUCCAAUGCGCUGGGUUGUCAUGAAGAUGAGCAAGAACCGGAUGACUUUCAACUAUGCCAUCCAGAUGGAGGUGGUCAAGGCGGCGGCCAAGGGCGAGUAUAUUGUGCGAUUCGGCUACGAUGAGAGAGCGUUCUCAUCUGAUGAGGCUCGCGCGGCGUUGACAUGGUAUACUCGAUGCUUGGACGGCAUGGUGAAAAGAAAGGUGGUCGGGGAGCUGGGGGUUUAG